UCCUUGAAACUAUAUAAAUUCCCCAAUAUUUUGGUAAAUCCUUACAUAGCCUCAACUACGCGCAGUUAGUGAAACAACCCCAAGCGGCAAAGAUACAUAACAUAAAUAUUCAAGAAUAAUAAUAAACACAAUUUACUAUGGAAGAUACAAAGGUGGAGAACAAGACAAAUGGCAAGAAGAAGAGGGAGGAUAAGAUCCGGAGGAGGGACACAAAGGCUCUUGAGAAUAUUUUGAAGUCCAUAAAUCAUCUUGUUGAAGCUGAAAAAUUCAUUAUAUUAAAGGGUAAAUAUACUGACCUUUAUGAUGAGUAUAGGACAUUGCAAAAUAGCUUAACUGCAACUGAGAAGAAGUACAUUGUCCUCCAAAGAGAAAAGGACCAGUUACAGUCAGAGCACAGUAAAUCUAUCUUGGCAAGAUCCAGGUUGGAAAAUUUAUGCCGAGAGUUUCAGAAACAAAACAAAUUGAUUAAGGAAGAGAAUGUGGCUAAGAUUCGAGAAGAGGAGUCAAGGAAGGAGGUUACACAGAAAUUCCAAAAUACUCUCACAGAGCUCUCUUCAGUGAUGAUGGAAAAUAAUGAAAAGAAUAUGAAGCUCCGUGAUGAUAACAUUGACAUGGCUAAUAAGAUAGCAACUCUCUGUCAACAAUUCAGUAAGGGUGAAGAGGAAUUGGCUAGAAUGAGCAAACAGAUGUCUCUGGAGAAGCAAUUGUCUGAAGCAACAGUUGCCAAGGCCCAGUUUGAGUUGAAGGCUGAGAGAGAAUUGUGGAAUAAGGAAAGUGAAAUUCUAAAGAAGAAGCUGCAAAAAAGCGAGGAAACAUGCACGCAUCUUCAGAGUAAUAUCAAGGACCUGGAGAGUCACUUGCAGGUGUACACUGGAAAAUAUGAGGAAUUUGAAACAACCAUCAGUAAAAGCAAUCAGGUCUUUGAUAAUUGUAAGACAGAAAUGACAAAGAUGACCAAACAGAAUAGUCUUCUCGAGAAGGAACUGAAACAAUGGAAAGUGCGUUUCGAAAAGAAAUGCAAGCUCGCUAUGGAUAUGACCGCUUCAAAGAACGCACAGGAGAUGGAAUUUGGAAAAAAGACCGAACAGCUGCAGAAGUUAUGUCGUCAAUUGCAAGUGGACAGGACGGCGUAUUUGAAAUUACUCAAAGCUAACAACAUUGAACCAAGUACUCAAGUUUACGUUGAACCUACACCACCACCUCCACAUGAACCAACGCAGAAGGAGCAAAAGUUGGAACUGUUGAAAAACACUCUAAAAAUUCUUCAGGGCCAAUUUAUUGCAGAAUUAACCGGCGAUCCGGCUGCUCAGGAGGCAGUUAAAGCAGCUGCUGAGACGGAACCCGUUCCCGUUCCCAAGGAAGAGGAAGAAAAGGAAGCUGUUCUCAAUGGCGACAGUGUAAACGAAUCAAAGAGCACUGAGUAGAUACUUAUUUUUUUUAAUUUAAUUUUGAUGUACAUGUUACAACGUCACAAAA